GUUUAUUAACAGUGAGAGGUUGAUGUUUGCUUAUGCACUACCGACAAUGACAAAUUCAUCAAGUCUCUUUCCCCUUACAACACUACACGACUGGUCAGGAUAAAGAGAGAGAGAGAUAGAGCCAAAGUGAAAAAAAAAAACUAAGAAGAAGAAGAAGAAGAAGAAGAGAGAGAGAGAGAAAGAAAGAGGGAGUUUUUGAGGCUUGGGGAAGCAGGCAUGUGGAUGAGUGGGGAACACACCAAACUCAUCAAUUGAACCUGUUGAAAUUAUUCAACUUCUGACAGUAAAAGAAGCAUAAAGAAAAGCAAACAUAUAAGCCCCCACCAUUUUUUUUUAUUAAAGAAAAAAAAAUAUAAAAAUUCAACCUUUCUGUGUGCUUACUUAUUGUUGAACUACAUUUUAGUCAGUGAGGUAAGAAACAUCAAAAGGGUAUUUGAAGAAGAAGAAGAAGAGGCUGAAAUUGAAGACUUGAAGGCCAUUCACUACAACAAGUUCUCGAAAGGGUUGAAGCUUUAUCUAUCAUAGAAUAUAUAAGUAUAUUUUAUUUUCUUUUAUUUUUUAAUUAAAGUUAUGCCUAGACCAGGUCCAAGACCGUAUGAGUGUGUUAGAAGAGCUUGGCAUAGUGAUAGACACCAGCCCAUCAGGGGUUCUCUUAUUAAAGAGAUUUUCAGGGUUGCGAAUGAGAUUCAUAAUUCUUCUACUAAACAGAACAAAGAAUGGCAAGAGAAGCUCCCAAUUGUUGUGCUCAGAGCUGAAGAAAUUAUGUACUCUAAAGCCAACUCUGAGGCUGAAUAUAUGGACCUAAAGACACUCUGGGAUCGAACAAAUGAUGCCAUCAGUACGAUCAUUCGACUCGAUGAAAGUACUGAAACCGGCGAGUUUAUUCAGCCUUGUAUUGAAGCUGCUCUCAACUUGGGGUGUAUACCAAGAAGAGCCUCAAGAAGCCAACGAAAUUGUCACCCAAGAUGUUACCUGACUCCCAACACUUCAGAGGUUCCAUCUGUAUCUCCAAGCUUGUUGGAAAAUGCUGCUACUGGUUCGAAUCUUUUGAGAUCUUCUAACCAUCUCAGCUCUCACUUUAGAAACAAUUUUUCUGUAAACAACAUUUCUACUGCUAUGUUUUCACCGCCUCCAUCCGGAAACAACAUCACCCCAUCUAACAGCUAUGACCAACUCCUAGCCCUUAGUAAUUAUAAACCAUCUAACUCAUUUUCAGCUUACCCUCUUUAUUAUGGGGGAAAUGCCCCCCAGUUUGAACAACUUUGGCAAGAUGUCGCCCUCCUUCCUAAACUUACCAGUGAUGCUUUAAAAGACUCUAAACUCGGUGUGGUCAAGGAUCUUUCCUGUCAUGAAGAUGCCUCUUUGAAGAACACAGAACCAAAUAUGAUCAUAGAUACAGAUGAUAGACAAUGCAAUAUUGGGUGUGAUCUAUCUUUGCGAUUGGGUCCUAUGAGUGUUGAGAACAAGCAACCCCAGGCUAUUGCAGACGUUAAUCCCCGAGAGGGAGGCAAGUUUUGUGACCAAUUACCAUUAUUGGAUAAAGGGUGCUCCAUGUUUCCUCCUAGAGGCAAUGCUUGCCAGGCAUUAAGUUCAUACAAAGGUGUAGAAGCAGCCGUGCGAAAACGAAAGCCAUCUUUUGAUAAUGGAAUCGACGAUCAGCAGUUUUGUAAUUUGAAGCCAAGUCCUCCUUUUCUCCACUUAAAUGGAAAAAUGAGAAAUGCUGGAUCAUAAGUUCUGAUUUUUUCUUACUUGGUUAACUUUGUGGUGCAAUUUUGUUGUACUCCCGGAUGUGUUAUGCACCCAAGAGCUACCAGAUUAGGAAGGUGAGAUGUAUAUAUAAUAUUGAAUGAUGAUGAUGAUGAAUUAGAUAGCUGAAUGGAAGAACUAACAGUAGAGGGUUUAAUCAGCAGCAUUAUAUGUACUAAGGAGAAUUUUAGAUAUUUAAGUUUUAGUACGGUCAUAUAUUGUUAUAGAAAGCUGCCUUGUAACAGCUUCAUCACAGUUAGUAGUAGUAGUUGAGAUAAUUUAUAAGUGUCUUUAGCUGUCAAACAUAUGUAGCCAGAAUAAGGUAUUAUGCUGUUUUCUUUUUUAAUAUUUUUAGUUUAAUUUCUCUUCCUUCUAUUGUAGGUAUGUAUCAUAUUUGGGUUAAUUAAGUCAAACUCAUGAUGAAUC